GCCCGAGGUUUAGCAUCUUUCAUUGUUGCAAUUGUACAGUAAUGCAUUUAGAAAUGGUUCACUUGGUCGCUGUGUGGCUUGUGAAAGAAACAAAGGCAUAACCUCCAGCUGUAUUUAUCUCAGGAUUACUAAUGAAACUUGUGAAUGGAGGGGUGGUAAAAAGGUGCCUGUUUGUGUCCUUGGGGCGUGGAGAGGGGCUGUGAUGGGAUUGGGUGGGGGGUCUGUUUGAAGGAGAGAAAGCUACUACAGACAGUCCAGAACUCUGAUCCCAUUGAUGUGUUUCAGGAGGCUGUGGAGACUGAAACCCAAACCCAGUGACAUGUCAGACUUGGUGAACUAUUCUAAGCAUCAGUUGCUGACGCCGAGAUGAGGGGUGGGGGUUUCUGGGGGCACAUAUGCGCCUCCAUAAGAAAUCCCAAUUGGAGUUGACGAUCGCUACCAGCACCAUCUGACACACACAGCCUGAAUGUUUGGAAAUAAAGCCGUGUAUAGCCCUGGUAUAAAAGCCCACAAUCCCACACGUGUGAGUCUGGUCAGAUCUGUUUGUGGAUGAGUGUUUUUAAUGCCUCAGAGGGUUGAGAUGUGAAGUUAUCAUACAUCGUUUGGUCAGUAAGUGAGGUUUAGAGUGAAGGCAGAUCGCUAGGAGCUGUAGUGACCUUGGGACUGCUUACUGAGGGCAGGACAGAAUUCCUGAAGGGACACAUGGUCUAGAGUGACAAGGCCAUCUGCUGUAGCGCCAGCAGUAGGAGGAAGGUGGAGGGGGUGCUGAGAUUCCUUUCGCUGGGGUGUGGAGGGAGUAGAUAUUCUGGGAUAUCACUGCUAGCACUCCACUGGGAAACGUGUUUCUUUGGCGUUUUUCAAACGGAAAUCCGACGCAGAAUUUUUGAACACUUGAUGGUGAGUAGGGAUCGCUGCAUGGUUAAAUGGGGAAGAUAUUUUUCUGGCACUCCCGCUCUUCACAAAGCGAUUGGUGAUAAUGAUCUUGGGGUGUCGCCGUUUUACUUCAACGGAUCCAGUUUCCUUUCCAUCUCAGCACAGUCGGAGCUGAGAGAGCGGGAUCCGGUAGGCCUCCUGGCACCGUCCUCUCGCAGGAUCAUCUUCAAGGAAUCUUUGGAGUUGUACUGUGCAUGGCAAGGAUCUACUUUCUUGCUGCCUCACUGAAAUUGCAUGGCCUAAACGAAUGAAUAUUUUUAUGAGGCGCCUUGCACCAGAGAUGGGCCAGGACCAAACCAAGCAGCAGAUAGAGAAGGGCCUGAAGCUGUAUCAGUCCAACCAGACAGACAAAGCCCUGCAUGUGUGGACAAAAGUGCUGGAGAAGACCUCAGAUCCUGGAGGGAAGUUUCGGGUUCUGGGGUGCCUGAUCACAGCUCACUCUGAGAUGGGAAAAUAUACAGAUAUGCUCAAGUAUGCCCUCGAUCAAAUCGACACUGCCAGAGAAAUGGAGGAUCCAGACUACCUGACGGAGGGCUACCUGAAUCUGGCACGCAGCAACGAGAAGCUGUGCGACUUCCAGAAAACCGUCUCCUACUGUAAGACCUGCUUAAACAUGCAGGGCACCACUGUCAGUCUGCAGCUCAAUGGACAGGUAUGUCUGAGCAUGGGCAACGCCUUCCUGGGCCUCAGUGUCUUCCAGAAAGCUUUGGAGAGCUACGAGAAGGCCCUGCGCUACGCCCACAACAAUGACGACAAGAUGCUGGAAUGCAGAGUCUGCUGCAGUCUGGGAAACAUCUACAUCCAUCUGAAGGACUAUGAGAAAGCCCUCUUCUUCCCCUGCAAAGCAGCUGAGCUCGUCAAUGACUACGGCAAGGGUUGGAGCCUCAAGUAUCGAGCCAUGAGCCAGUACCACAUGUCUGUCGCCUACAGGAAACUGGAGCGCCUGCCAGAUGCCAUGGAGUGCUGUGAGGAAUCUAUGAAGAUUGCUCUGCAGCACGGCGACCGUCCUCUGCAGGCUCUGUGCUUGGUAAACUUUGCAGACAUACACCGCUGCAGGCAGGACUCUGAUAAAGCAUUCCCUCGCUACGAGUCUGCACUGGGUAUCAUGACAGAGAUCGGAAACCGUCUCGGACAAGCACAUGUUUAUCUGGGCGUCGCAAAGUGUUGGCUUCUGCAGAAAGAAUUUGACAAGGCUCUUGAUUCUUUGCAGCGAGCUCAGGAGUUAGCAGACGGAAUGGGAAACAAGCUGUGCACACUGAAGGUUCACUGCCUGAGCGAGGGGAUUUAUCGGAGCCGGGGGCAGGAGGAGAAGCUCAGAGAGCAGGUGGUGAAGUUCCUGCAGUGUGUCGAGGAGCUGGAGCUCUACUGUGGCAUGUGUGGAGAGUCCAUCGGGGACAGGGACCAAAAGCUGCAGUCCUUGCCCUGUUCACACAUUUUCCAUCUCAAGUGUCUGCAGACAAAUGGAACGAAAGGUUGUCCUAAAUGUUUCAAGUCGUCCAUGAAGCCUGGAUUUGUUUGAUUGGUGCAACGUGUUUGUGCGUUGGAUCUGCAGACACAGCGUGAUGCCUCACAGGCGCCUGACUGAUCUGAGAGAAGCAGGCAGCCCCGGGAUGCGCUGAAGAUGUUUGAGGAGUAAUGACGAUUUACUGCUCUGAUGCUGAACUGAACCCAGAGCGUCCCAGAGUGAAGCUCUGAGGUCACGAUCCAGGCAUCCAUCUUAUGUGCAGACGUCAGUCUGUGACAGACUGAAGUUAUAUUUCAACAUAUAAGCAGAAGAAGAAAGAACCUACACUACCACAAUGUUUGUGAUGACUGAACAUUUGGAGCAUUUGUCCAAAGAGCAUUUAUAACUUAGUGUAUUUGCUAUUUUGUGCAUUAGAUUUGUUUAGGAAAAAUUAAGAUAAAAAGAUCUUUGGAGGAAUUCA